AUGAGAAUACUCAUGCUUGGUCUUGACAAUGCUGGUAAAACAACAAUAUUGUACAAGUUGAAAUUAGGAAAAACUUCGACUACUGUUCCCACUGUUGGAUUCAACGUGGAAACAGUAAAGCAUAAAAACGUGUCAUUUGCGGUAUGGGAUUGUGGUGGACAAGAGAGAAUAAGACCGUUGUGGAGACAUUAUUUUACUGGCACUAACGCCUUAAUUUACGUCAUAGAUUCGUCAGAUUUAGACAGAUUGGAAGAAUCCAGAAAGGAGCUCAUGAGGGUAAUUAAUGAUAAAGAAUUAGCCAAUUGCCUUUUGAUUGUAUUGGCAAACAAACAAGAUAUUAAUGGUGCAAUAAAGCCCAAAGAAAUCAUCGAAAAAUUUCAAUUAAAUUCUUUAUCAAGCAGUCAUACAUGGUCGGUUAUUCCAGCGAUCGCAAUUGAUGGAACUGGACUUGUUGAGGCUCUUAACUGGAUCUCAAAUCAUAGUAAAUAA